AAAGAAAUGCUCUGGCAUCCUUCUUCUGGGUGGUAAGCGAUUUGAUGGAGGCAGUGGUGGCAAAGAUAUUCGACAGGAUGUGCGCAGGCACAUUAAGCAAAUCGAAGGGAACGCUCGAAAGGCCAUCGCGGAUGCCGAAGAGGAGGAGAUGGAGCGGGCGCGUGACCGGCAAAAACGGAGAGCAGCACUUUCUGGCGCUGGCGGAGUUAUUGUAGGUGACCGCGUCGCUACGCCAGUCAUUGAGCCGUUGAGCUACGUAUUGUCGGACGAAGACUCCAACUUUUUCCGCGACCUGCUUGAGUAUCAUCCUGACAAAUUUGAGAAGCUCGAAGACUUCAGUCGUAUCGUUUUUGCCGGUCACUCAGGCAAGCACGAGCAGGCUGACGACUCUGAAGGCAGUGGCGUAUUCUGUUUCCAAGUUGAACGAGAG